AAAAAAAAGAAAGGUUCUAACCUUUAUUAUUUUUAACAUCGUUUCAUACUAAAUAUAAAAAUAUAUAUAUAUAUUUUUUUUGUAACCAUGAAAACUAUGAAACUUGUCUUCUUCUUUAUAAUCCUUCCUGCAGUCAUCAUUAAUGCUGAACCUUUAUUUAGUAUAAAGUUGUCCAAGUCUCCUUCCACGAAUAUUGAUGUUUAUGAUUAUGCAAAGUAUACGAAAAAAGCUGCUUUAAAUAAAUAUUCAAAAUUAAAUUCAAAAAAUCGUCGCAGUCUUUAUCGUAGAGCUUCAAAACAGGAUACAGUUAUCUUAAAAGUUGAACAAAAUGAUAUUGGAUAUUAUGGAAAACUUACUAUCGGAAAUCAGGAUUUUAAUAUGAUUUUAGAUACUGGUUCAUCAAAUCUUUUUGUUCCAAAUAAGGAUUGUAUUUCAAUUACUUGUACAAAUCAUAAUAAAUUUGAUUCUGCAAAAUCAAAAACUUUUAAAAUUGCAGGUAAUCCUUGGUCAAUUAAAUUUGGUAUCGGUUCUGCUUCUGGUAUUACUGGAAUUGAUGAUAUUAAAAUUGGUGAUUUUGUUCUUAAACAACAAAUUUUUGGUCUCGCAAAUGAAAUUUCUGAUGAUAAUGCAAAUUUUGUUCCUGAUGGGAUUAUAGGAUUGGCUUUUGAUGAUUUAAAUACUAUGAAUACUUCAACUUUAACAUCAGCAUUAGUUAAAAAAAAUGAAAUUAAACCAAUAUUUAGUUUUCAUCUUUCUCAUGCUUUAGAUUUUGAUGAUCAAGGAACAUUUACUUUGGGUGGAGUUGAUGAAUCUAAAUUUACUGGUAAAAUUAAUUUUAAUAAAGUUAUUUAUCCUACUUCUGCUACAUUUGGUCUUUGGCAAAUAAAUAUAGAUGAUGCAAUUGUUGAUAAUCAACCAAUUUCUUUUAUUGGAAGAAGUGCAAUUAUUGAUACUGGAACUUCAAAUAUUUUAAUGCCUGAAAAUGAUGCUGCAAGUGUUCAUAAUUUAAUUCCAGGUGCAAAAUAUGUUACUGAUUCUAAAUUAUAUAUUAUUCCAUCAAAUUCAACUACUAUAAUUUCUUUUAAAAUUGGUGGUAUUGUUUAUCCUAUUCAAUCUAAAGAUUUAUGUAUAUCACCAGUAGAUUCAUUUCAUUGUAUUUCAACCAUAUUACCUAUAGAAAUUUUAGAUGCUAAUACUUGGCUUAUUGGUGUACCUUUCUUAAAAAAUGUUUAUUCAGUAUAUGAUAUGAAAAACAAGAGUGUUGGAUUUGCAACCUCUUUAUAAAACAAUAUAAAUGAUUAGAACAAUUUUAAUAACUGAAUAAACUUUUUUUUUUAAAAAAAAAUAAUGUAUUUCAGUAUUAGAUUUAAUAAAUCUUUACUAAAA